AUGCUUCCUCUUCAAAAGACAAACGAUGAGCAAUACCGUAGAAUUCAAAAAACUGAGCAUGCUCUUCAGGUGGCAGAGGAGGAGCUUCUAAGAGUACAAUUGGAAGCAACAGCUAAGUCAAAGGAAUUAUCACAGGCUCAUGGAGCAUGGUUUCCUCCUUGGCUUGCUACUCACGCCAAUUACUAUAAGGAACUUGCAACAACUCACUGGAAGGAGCAUGGACAACCUGUACUAGAUGUCUUACUUCAAAAGGUAUCAGAGAAAUCGAUUCAAGCACAACAAUUUAUGGAACCACAUUUUGAAUCUUCCAAAGAUAAAUGGAUGUUUCUUGUGUCAAGCACUGAACCUUAUGUGCAAACUGUGUCAAGUAAAGCAGUGGAAGUUUAUCACACAUCUAAGAGUGCCAUGUCCAGCCACAUAGCCAAAGUACAAGAAAUUUUAGAUCCUUAUUUCCAGGCUGGCAAGAGAUUUUCUCAACCAUAUGUAAAACAAUUUGCUACUAUUACCAAACCACAUGUUGAAAAGGUGCGAGUUGCUUUUAAUUCCUAUAGUGAUUGUGUGAUUCAUGCUUAUAGAAAAUUUCUCGAAUCAGCCACAACUUAUCACCAGUAG